ACUCAACUAUACUGACAGUGUUGACACUUGACACACUUCUGUUAGCUUUGUUCAUUUGUUGAACAAAGUUUAACAUAAUAAUUAAUUAAACAAACCUACAUACAUAUAACCAUUUGAAAAUUAAAUGGGGAAUGCCGGAAGUAACCAACCCAAAGAAUGGCAUAAAGAUGCUAACAAAUCGCCUGAUCAUGAUCAAGGACCUUCAUCUCCAGCCAAAGAAGGGGAAGCCUUCACGUUUGAUAAAAAGCUAGACGAUGAUCGAAGUAGUCGAGAUGAUGACAAUAAUAUAGAAGAUGGCGCUCCUUAUUAUACUAAAGCAGUACCUGAAAGUGAUAUUGAAUACACUGAACAACGUGAGAGAUCAAAUACUCUCACCGAUGGUAGUAAAAUAGUCGACGAUAUUAAAGUAUUACCAACAGUUUUCAAAUGGGAAGGAGGUGGAAAACAAGUAUUUAUUUCUGGAACAUUUACAGAUUGGAAAACUAUUCCCAUGGUAAAAUCACAUGGUGAUUUUGUUACAAUAAUAGAUUUACCAGAAGGUGAACAUCAGUACAAAUAUUUUGUUGAUGGAGAAUGGAGGCAUGAUCCUACAGUGAAAGUAAUUGACAAUGGAAUGGGGUCCAAGAAUAAUUUAGUAACAGUAAAAAUGUCAGAUUUUGAGGUAUUUCAAGCAUUAGCCAAAGACAGUGAGGGUAUCCACAGCAGUGCUCAGACUGAAUAUUCACAGGAAAUCCCACAGUCCAAACCAUGGGAGAAAGUGUCUGGUCCACCAAUAUUGCCACCACACCUCUUACAGGUUAUACUUAACAAGGAUACUCCACUUUCUUGUGAGCCGACUCUACUUCCGGAGCCUAAUCAUGUGAUGUUAAAUCACUUGUAUGCUUUGUCAAUAAAAGAUGGAGUUAUGGUACUGUCUGCAACACAUCGCUAUCGCAAGAAAUAUGUUACCACUCUUCUAUACAAGCCAAUUUAAUACUUUUGUAGUGGCAAAUUUGUUGUUUUUUAUCAAGUAGGACUAAUGCUUUCCUGUUGUAAAAUUAUGUUGUUAUCGUUUUGUUUUCAUGAAAUGCAAACAUGCAAUUAAUAUAUUAUUAUAAUUAUAAAAAUGCUAUUUAAUAUAAAGAUAGUCAGUAUUUGUGUAGUUUAGGUAAAAAAAAAAAAUUGUGACUUAAGGAAACUUGUUGAAAGUUAUGCAACAAAGAUGGUAUUUUAAAUUGGUUUGAAGCUUGUUAGUGUAUGGCUUUUUAACUGCAGACAUUUUUAAUAGUGAUUGUUUGUGUAAAUCCUUGAAACAAAUAUUCAUUAUUUAAACUACUCUUGUUAAAUGGAUUGCCUAAUAUGUAUUACAUAUUUUACGACAAAGCGAUAAAUGAUGUGGUAUUAGUGUCUUAAAAAAAAUAUCAAAAAAAACUUAGUUCCGAGCAAAGUGAUAAAUGCAGUCAAGUAUUAAUAAUUAUGUAUGUACCUCUUAGUAUUAGUAAUAUCCGGAAUAUAGGGAUGCUGUUUUCAAUAAAAAAUAUUGAAAAUAUCAAUUAAGAAAGAAUUUUAUAAAUCUGCUUAGGAACAACUAAGUUGAAAAAAACCUUUUAAACUAAGUGGUAGGAGUAAUUAUCAAACAACAAAAGAAUUCAUAUAACGAAUCACGACGUCACUGUGAUUAACGAGCAGCCGGCAUCUAAAAUAUUUCAAUUCGCAUACCCAAAUAGAGUAAAAAAUUAAUUACUACGUCAUCUAAGUCUAAUGUCGGUGGUUUAUUAGUUAUUAAUUUCGUAAAAGUCUGGAGAAGGCAAUAAAAUGUGGUAAUAAAAUAAAACUUCCUCAUUUUUCAUGCCUAUUGGGGACGGUAUUGCGCUAUUUUGAGCGUAUUUGUCUUAAUAAACAGCGGAUGGGCAUGUGGUAUGUGAGAAACCCCCGCGGUUGGAUACUACCAUCCUAUUUCUGCCAAGCAACCACAUGUGCCCGUUUAAAGUACAGGACAACUAUCGUAUUUAUGAAACUCAGAUUUUAAUUUUGUCUCAAGGCGCAUUCACGUUCUGUGUGGUUAGUACCUACGAGUUUUUUAACUUCCCGAUUUCGGUUAACUCGAAAUUUGUAUGAAGUUGGAACAGCGCCCCUAGCGGUAAACGAAGAGAAGCUUUUCAAACUCCUUACAAAUUUGAGUCACCUUUUACUGGUAUCUUCAAUGGCUCCGGUAUCUCUUUUAAAUAGACUCGUGUACCCACGUCAUUUUUUUUAUAACUUCUAUCUUUUUAUAGAACAACACGUGGCAGUUUCAUGUCCGAAGGUUUUUGUUUUUUGCACAAUAUGUCAGUAUGCCGAGUAAUUUGCUGCUGUAUUAUAAAGUUAAUGAAAUUCGCUGAUAUUCUCGUAUUAAAGAUAAAUCACAUUAAAUGAUUUUAUAUAAGGCAUAAGAUCAAUUAAAAAAAAAUUGCUUAUUUACGAGCCACGACUCGUAGGAAAUCAAUCUGCGAGAGAGAUUGACGUCAAAUCAAGUGAUCAAUACCACAAAAAAUCGCCCCUUUCAACUUAAGCGUCGGCUUUUUAUUUUUACAUUCAAAUCUAAAAAUAAGAAAACAAGAAAAUGAGGUGAAAUCAGGAGAGCUGAAAAGAAGAAUCACAAUUAAUUUAUUUCUAAGAUAUAGGUACGUUCAUUCAACGAAAUUUCGACAUGGGUGUAUUGUUUUCCCUCUGUAUUGUGAUUGAGAAUGUUGCUAUAAUAGAAUUAUUUUGUCCGUGCAGUUUGGGUAAUAAAAAAAUCGGAGCGGUGAAGCGAGUAUUUCGCUCUCUCUUCCACUUACGAGCCUUAUGGACGGGCAUAGUGAUGCGCAUUCUUGUUUUCGAUAAGCGUUAUCGAUAGUGUAUUUAGUUUUGUCAUUUUGUGGGUUUGUGAUAAAAAUGAAAGAAAAAAUCACUAAUCGAACACUUACACCACAUAUCGCCGCAGGUAGUUAACGAGAAUGGCAGAAAUUAACACUUUCUAGCUUUUCGGGAUCUAUUCUUAUUUCAGUGAAAAAUUUUAACACAUUGUUGAUAACAACACGUGCAAAUAUUAUUUUGAAUAAAUCUGCCGUUUUGAUAUAAAACAAAGGAGUUGCCAUUGUUUCACUAAAGAAAUUCAGAGAACGAAUGCAUAAAAACACAUUUCUCUUCGACAUAAUGUACUAUAAUUUGCAGGUAAGUACAAAUGACUCUUAACAUAACAAUGUCUCACCACCCUUCGUAUACCACCCCGCCGCCGUGUACCUGCCUUCGAUGACUCAUUUAUUUUUAUCGAUAAUGGCGUUGCGCCCGAGCAACAUGCUCACCGCCCUAGCCGGGCUAUAUUUUAUGACCCAAACUGCACGGACAAAAUAAUUCUACUGUAGUUAAUUGUAUGAAGGGCACGAAGAAUUCUUGUCACGGUUUGAAUUUGAAUUUUUUUUCGAAACCGUAAAGUACUUUUUUAUAGCCGACAAUCUUAGUAUGUUGGGUAGCUGCUACUGCGUUUGCUGUAUUUGUUACAGUUACUAUAGUUUAAUGAGGUUCAGUGCUCUGUGAUACACAAAUAAAAAAAACGAAAUAAAA